GCCACGGGGCCGGGGCGGCGGCUCGCUGCCCGCCACGUGUCCCCGCGCCGCGCCCCCACAUUUAAACGUCCCGCUCGCCACCCAUCCCUCCCUUCCCCUCUUCCAAUUCACGCGCCCCCUUCUCCCUCCCCGGCCGAUUCGGCGAUUCCCCAUCCCGCCAAGCCAUCGCGCCUCCCGAAUCCCCCGCCGGAUCCGAGCUUCGGGAGGCGCCCGUGGCGGGGAUCUCCCCAACCGCCUCGCGACCCCGCGCGCCGGCGCACCGAUUUCGAGGCGCGCUAUUGCAGGGAAUGCUUGCUGCUCGCGCGUUCCUUCUGUUUGGUGGGAGCGCUGGUGAUGCCAAUGCGGGCCGGGGCAUGCCGUCGUUGCUGCUCCGGUGGUCUCGCUGCGCGGCGUGUGCGUGACGCUACGUACGUUUCGGCAGACAUCAACAUAAACAUCUACUGACCAGUACAAAAUGGCAAUAAGCUUCAAAUAUUGGGACGACUGCUUGGAUCCAGAGGAUAUGAGAUUAAUGUGGCAAGAUCCUGUUGUAAGUAAAGAGUGGACUGAUGCUGGGGAAGAGCAGGGACAGAAAGUUCAUCUCUCACGGGACCCUGAUGGUGAGGCAUAUCUCACACAAACUGAAAUGAUGGCAGUGGCUGCAAUCACCAUUCAUAGACAUUUCAAAUCACAACUGGACCCGUAUAUGAUAGGUGCACUUGCGGAAAUUGCAAGUGGAAGGAAACUCUUUGUAGAUACCUACGAUCGCAAGACAAAAGAGACCAAGGUCGGGAUAAUGCAGGUGGCACCUGAAGUUGCUCAAUGGCUUGGAAGGGAACUGGGUUACAAGAGUUAUAACAUUGAAGAUAAUACCAAUUUGCUCUACUGGCCUCUUGUAAAUGUCUACUUUGGUGCUGCUUAUGCGAAAUGGCUCUUCUCUUGUGAUGAUAAACAAAGAACUGAAGAAUUUGUUGUUAGAGCAUAUAAGGGCGGCAAAAAGAAGGCUUCUCACAAAUCAACUUCUCCCAUUUUCCAGCGUUAUCUUUAUGUGAAAGAGAGCUUGUUGUCUAUAAGACAACCAGAAAUUUGCAAUGAGCUCACUUCUGGCCCAGAAAGUUUAUCAGGCACAGAAGCGCAGUUGAUAUAUUGGGAUUCCAAGGUAUCAGAGGCUGAUAUGGAUGCAAUGUGGAAGCAUCCUGAUGUGUCUAAGGAGUGGACAAAAUCUGGUGAGCGACGUGGAAAUGUACGAUUCUCCCAUGAUGCAAAGAAGAGGCCUUACCUUUCUCGCGUGGAGGUGAAGGCUGUUGCUGAAAUAAUCAUAUCACGCCAUUUGGGCACAAGAGGAUCGAAACCAGAAGCUCUUGCGGCACUUGCAGAGGUCUGCAGUAUGCGCUUUGUUCAUGGAGUAAGUACCCGGACUGGAUUGAUGGGAAUAGACUACCCUACUGCUGAAUGGCUUUCCAGAGAUUGUGGCUACAGGGCGUAUACAGUGAUAUCUGUGGAUGAUCUCUACAAUCCUUUUGCAUCAAUGUACUUUGGUGCUUCUUACUUGGCAUGGUUGUCACGCUAUGAAGGAAGGGAACAAAGCUAUGAAUUCAUUGUCCAAGCUUACCUCGGGGGACCAGAGAAUGUUAGCCUUCAGGAGACUGGUCCGUUGUGGAACCAAUUCUUGGAGGCAUUAGCACUGUAUCACGACCCAAAGAAGGAGAAUAGUAGCUGCUGUAUUUUGUGAGGUUGUCUGAUAUGCCUCCAUCUUUUGUUACUGAAGGUUCUUCCGAGGAUCAUUUAUGAAUGCUCAACGAUGCUGUUGCCAAAUUUCAGAUCCCCUCCCGAGGGUUCAGCAUCGACAAGCAACGCGCUUUGCAUGAACUACAUGAUGAGGUACAGGGCAACAGGGGCUGUCAAUCCUGAUAUAUUUUGGCCGUCCGCCCCCUUCUCAUGGAAUGCACCAUGCUUCUGUUCCAUUUGGUUCCUUUUCCUUUUACCCUCGGUAUAUGCCAAAGGUCGUAAUCCUGUUCUGUCCACCUUUUGCUGUGUUGUAAACUGCAAUUUUUUGUUGUAUAGGAACUCAUUAGAGGACAAAGCCUUUUGUAAAAAUGUACAAUCACCCGCGCUCCAUAGUACGUAUGUGUGCUAGGUUGUUACAGAUGGUGAAACAUGCCAGUUGCUGCGGAACAAAUGUAGAUUCUCCA